AUGCCUCCAAAACCAACAGCUAAAAAAGAAGUAGCAUCUAAUGCUGAACCAGCAGCACCAAAGAAUACUAAAGAGGACAAAAUGCAAGCUGCUAUGGACAAAUUUGCUGCUGAACUAAACAAGGAAUCGGAUGAAGAAGGGGCAGGCGAUGAUAAUUUUAAUGUAAACGGCAGUUCAAACCAGUUGACCGAAGCUGAAAAGGAAGAGCUCAGAAAAGAACUUAAGAAAACGGAAGACGAAAUUAAUACUUUGCGCCAAGUGCUUGUAGCAAGACAGAAGCAUGCUUCUGAACUUAAAAGAAAGCUAGGUAUUUCUCCUCUUACCGAAUUGACUGCAGAUAUUAACCAGUCUUUACAACAUGUCAAGUCAUCGCAAGCAUAUCAGAAGACGUCGGAAGUUGUCUCUGACACGGCAGACACGGUGAAAAAUAAGUGGAAUGAUAUGCGCAAUUCAGCUUUCUUCAAGUCGUUCGAAUCUAAAUUAGGAUCUGCUUACCAAAAUGUGAGGGUAGGUGCCGUAAGCCAGUGCAACAUGGUUGGAAAAAGGAAGGCUUGA